UGUUACCAUUCAUUCAUUCGACCAUCCAUUCAUUCCAUUUCACUCAUCAUUCAUCAACACUUUCAAUUUAUUCAAUUCAAUCAUUUUUCAGCAUGCUCGACUGCCAUUGAUCGAUGAGGAUACUCCCGAAGAAAGGGCUAAGAAAGUUGGAGAUCCUAUUCUUCACAAUGUCGUCAUUGAUCUUCUGGAAACUGUGCAGUGUAUAAGACAAGAAAUGUUGACGCAAGAACAUGUGAAUAGGAUUCGAAAAGAGUGGCAAAUGCUGGCCAGGAUGCUGGAAAAGUUGCUUAUGUGGCUGUUCAUCAUCUGUACUAUAAUCUUUGCAACCGUCAUGCUUUACGAUGCGCAAGAUCCACCGAUAAUUACGGACGAGUUAAUGAAGGAUCGGGCCAAAUAG